AUGAACUUUGAGAACAAGCCUGGAUGGAAACUUGAAGAUUCACCUGAUGAUUCGCAGAAGUCGGCAGAAAAUUUAAAAAGUGAAAUGGAACAUUCUGGCCAUUCUGGAAAUUGUGAUAAGGAUGAAGAGGGAAGACUAAAUUUACCACAAGCUAUUGCUCAGCAGAAUCCACAAGAAUUUCUGAAUUUUCAGCAAGAUUCCUGUCCAGAGCUUCAAUCCUCAACGCUUUCCAUGGUCAAGAGGGAUCCACAAACAACCCCUACACAACAGUUAGAUGAAGUAAAUGAUGUGAGCAUGACACAAAGAGUAGAGCAUGAAACAUCACAAAAUCAGAGACCUGAAGUGAACUUGAAAUUUAGACAAGCGACAGCUGUUCAAACAGGAGUUCCUCAGCGUGAAUCAGUUAGCCAGCAUCAGCAUCUGAAAACUGGAGUUCCAUUUGAAUUUCAGGCAGCACCUGUCCAAUUACCUCAACAUCUUCCUCUGGGCAACCAUGAUAGUCUGCUGCAGUCGCAUACAAAAGUUGGAUCCUCUUCUCAUUCUGUAAAUUCGCUGCCUGGGUUUUCUGCUAAUUUCCUUUCUAAUGAUUCUUCAUACUUGAACACUGGCAUUAAGCUAGAAAUAUAA